GCUAUUUUGAAUCGUGGAUACGUAAAUCUGCACAGGCGACUGUGAUUGGCUGAAACCCACCAGCGCUGUGAAAAGUAAUGGUUAUUAUGUGACUUCGUUUGUGCGCUUCUUCCGGUUUUAGCAGCGCUCUGAACAAUAAUUGACGCGUGAUACUAACACUGGGAGACUUUAAGAGACAUAAAAUGCAUAGCGAAGAGUUGAAACAAGAUUUAUUGUGUACACCCAACUCAUCAGAAACAACAUCCGGGCCAAUAAGCCACGCCCCCUCGAGGACCCGUAUUUUAUAAUAAUUGCCGCUCUACUCACUUCUUCCAUUUCUAUGAAUCAAAGCCGCUCAUGUUUCUAUUCAGAGUAAAAGGAGCCAAGACAAGAGAUCCGCAUGAGAGAAAGUCAAAAACCAAAGGAAAGUGUUGAGAACGCUUCAAAGUGAUACAUUGGUCUGUGUUGAACGCAGGUGUGUGGAGUUUGGGUCAGGAUGCGGCCGGCUCUGUUCCUCUGUCCCGUCCUGAUCUCUCUGUUAUUCCUUCUGUCUGGACUGACCCUCAUCAGUGGCUGUAACAAAGCUCUGUGUGCCAGCGACGUCAGCAAAUGUCUUCUACAGGGUCUGUGUCAGUGCCGGCCGUCGGAGGGAAACUGUUCGUGUUGUAAGGAGUGCAUGCUGUGUUUGAGCUCGCUGUGGGAGGAGUGCUGCGACUGUGUCGGAAUGUGUAACCCCAGGAAUUACAACGACAGUCCUGCCACCUCCAAGAGCACCGUAGAGGAGCUGUACCGGCCAAUCCCGUCGCUCUUCCGCGCUCUGACCGAAGGUGAUGCCCCCAUUAACAUGAUGGUCGUGUCAUUCCCCAUCGCCGAGGAACUUUCCCACCAUGAGAACCUCGUGUCUUUCCUGGAGACGCUCGACAGCCAGAGCCACAAUAUCUCACUGCCCAGCAGCAGCAGCGUCCAUGAUGAUGCCUUGUGUACGGUGGUCUACUUUGAUGACUGCGUGUCCAUCCGUCAGUGUAAGCAGUAUUGCGAGUCGAUGGGUGGAUCAAAGUACCGCUGGUUUCAUAACGCCUGCUGUGAGUGCAUCGGCCCUGAAUGUCUGGACUAUGGCAGCAAAGCCGUAAAAUGCAUGAACUGCCUCAUCUGAGAGCCCAACACUGACUUCACACACUUCAUCUGCUGUUUUAUUGUAUAAAACACAUCUGACGAUUUCUGCUCUUGUUUACAGAUCUUGUUUCUUAUUCUUGUCUUUUGGAAAAUAAGGUCAAGGGUGUUUUUGUAAGUUAUCGAUAUUGUUUGUGAAUUAUUACAGCAGCAUGUAGGACAUUUCUCAUUCAAAUCAUAUUCAUCUGUAUAUAGUUCUCAUUUCAUAUUCAUAUGCCUGGUUUCAUUAUUAAAAAUUAAA